UCUUAUUAAGGGAGCGGAGUGAGUCAAUUUGUCAGUGCCCCAAAGACCAAUCUUGCUGAUCUUGGUGUGCCAUACUCAAAUUUGGAAUGAGUCAAUUCUAAGUCCGUACAAAAACAGAAUUGUUCAAGUAUAUAAUUGUGCUGGAAAUCGAGGUCCAUCGAGCACUGGACGGCCGGUCAAGAAGGUGCCGACCGACUUCCUUAGAAGCUUGCUUGCGUGUUGCUUACUUGCUGCCUAGGUUCUUUGUCUCCAACCUCCAACACCCGUGUCCUUGCCGCUGCAAGUGGUUCCUGAGCGACGAUGUGUCUUGUGGUAUUGCCCCAAAUGACGGUGAAGAUGAUGAUGAAGAUCCCCACGAGUGUUGCCACAACUAUCUAAUGAUUCUAUAAAAGCCUGUUUGAAUAAGCGAUCAGUUUUCAGUUGACUUAGCACACUCAAAUCAGACGAGAGAAGCUUAGAGCGGGCUCAAAUUUGUGAUCACCCAAGAGAUUUGCAGCGCUCGAAAAAGUUCACUCUGAACCGUCAAAGCUAAAGCGAUCUCAUUCCAUUCCAAUCUGCCAAACCAACCAAAACAAUCAAAUCCAAAAAUGAAGACUUUCAUUGCUCUUUACCCUUGCUUGGCUAUUGUGGCCUUUUUCGGAUUCUACCUUCCUCCCUUCGCCGAGUCUCAACCCUUGCCGUCCUCCAUCAACACCGAAGACAAAUCCAAUAGCUCGAAACCAAGCCCCAGCAAGCCCCAGACUCACAUCCAUUUGGUCGAGGACAACGAUGAAGCUCGGAAGGAGUACUUUCUGCGCCAAAAAGAGCAUCAACUCCAAUGGAGCGCCAACACCGGUGGUCGAAUUGUUCUCGACCCCAAGCAACGACCAGAUGUGCGGUUCCGCCGUUUCGUGAUCGGAUCUAGUGAUGCCCGCACUCCCAAUCCCCAAAUCAUGAUCAAGCACAUGGGCAAGCGUUCCAGUGACGAUGAAGUCAAGAACGUGGUCAAGUCUGAGGCGGAAGCGCAAGAUUCAGCUCAAUCUCGUCAGGGCGAUGAGGAUUUCCGGAGACGGUUAGCCUUGGCCUUUAUGCUCUCGGGUGGAGAGGAACAUCGGAAACCCACCUUUGGUGCGAGUUAUGGUGGAUAGGUCGAUCGACCCGGAAUAAUGUUCAAGUGAAUUGGAAUGGUCUGGAAUCCUCGUUGUCUCGUGAAGGAACAACACCUUUUGCUGCAACUGCAACUCCCACUACUACUACUACUACAACAACUGCCAGUGCUGUGAUACUUAAAGCAAGAUAAUUAUUAAUUUAAUAUUUGAAGUGGCAUGAAUGUACUUCUCAAUGCUAGUCGAUUAUUAAAAGGGCAUUUUGACGUUA